CCUCAGCUGCUGAGGAGGCAGCUUAGGAAGAAGUUGUUGGUGGAGAGCGCGAGUCGGGUUAGGAUACUUUAUUUGAGGGGGUGGAGAGAAGCUUUCUUUUUAAAUUUAUAGUUUUUUUUUUUAAACAAAUCCCGCAGUUUGGGUGAGAGGUAGAGAGGCGGGGGGUGGAAAGGGAAUUGUUUUUCCCCCCCGUUGGCCAUUCAGUAGGGCGGGCAACUUUCAAAGAUUUUAAUUAUUUUAUGCAGUAGUGGUGUAUGUGUCUCUUGACUCUGUAAUCUAUAUCUGUAGAGGGAGCCUGGAUGUGUAUAUUUCGCCACAAUGCCCAUCUUACUUUUCCUCUUAGACACGUCCGCGUCUAUGAACCAGCGUACUUAUUUGGGAAUCACAUAUCUCGACGUUGCAAAGGGUGCUGUUGAGAUAUUCAUGAAGCUGCGUGCCCGAGACCCCUCGAGUAGGGGUGACAGAUACAUGCUAGUAACCCUCGAUGAGCCGCCCUACGGCAUUAAGGCCGGCUGGAAGGAGAACCACGCGACGUUCAUGAGCGAGCUCAAGAACCUGCAGGCCACGGGUCUCACCACGCUGGGACAGGCGCUCAAAUCCGCCUUCGACCUCCUCAACCUCAACCGCCUCGUCUCCGGCAUCGACAACUACGGGCAGGGACGCAAUCCGUUUUUCCUGGAGCCUGCGAUCGUCAUCACGAUAACGGACGGGAGCAAGUUGAGUAACGGCUCAAGCGUACAAGAUGAGCUCCAGUUGCCGCUGUCAUCGCCGCUGCCAGGCAGCGAGCUGACGAAGGAGCCGUUCCGCUGGGACGAGCGUCUGUUUGCGCUGGUGCUGCGCCAGCCUGGCAGCACGGCGAGCGAGCCCGAGCAGCUGGGCAGCGUGCCGCUCGACGACUCGCCCAUCACGCCCAUGUGCGACGUCACCGGGGGCCGCUCGUACUGCGUGCGAACCCAGCGGAUGCUGAACCAGUGUUUGGAGUCGCUGGUGCAGAAGGUGCAGAGCGGCGUGGUCAUUCACUUUGAGAAGGUCGGGCCGGACCCACCUCCCGUGUCCGAGGAUGGCGGAGCAGACUUGUUGCGUACCACAGCCUCGUGCUCCCCGCUGCCCUGGCACAGUUGCCACCGCCUCAUCUACGUGAGGCCCAACCCCAAGACGGGAGUCCCCAUCGGCCACUGGCCCGUACCCGAGGCCUUCUGGCCCGACCAGAACAUCCCGGCGCUGCCCCCGCGCACGGCGCACCCCGUGGUCAAGUUCUCGUGCACGGACGGCGAGCCCAUGGUGAUCGACAAGCUCCCGUUCGACAAGUACGAGCUGGAGCCCUCGCCUCUCACGCAGUUCAUCCUCGAGCGCAAGUCUCCGCACACCUGUUGGCAGGUGUUUGUGAGCAACAGCGGCAAGUACAGCGAGUUGGGACACCCCUUCGGUUACCUGAAGGCCAGCACCUCGCUCACCUGCGUCAACCUCUUCGUUAUGCCCUACAACUUCCCCAUGCUGCUUCCGCUCCUGGAUGACCUCUUCAAGGUGCACAAGCUGAAGCCUCCAGUGAAGUGGCGACAGUCCUUUGACAGCUACCUAAAGACGAUGCCUCCCUACUACCUGGGGCCCCUAAAGAAAGCCUUGCGGAUGAUGGGUGCUCCUAACCUGAUAGCGGAGAACGUGGAGUUUACGCUUAGCUACAGCGUCAUCACCUACCUCAAGAAGCUGAGUCAACAGGCCAAGCUCGAGUCGGAGCGCGUGAUCAGCUCCGUGGGCAAGCGGGCGCCGCAGGAGGCCGGCCUCAAGGUGCGGACGCGCACCGCGGCCGGCAGCGGCGGCACCACGGCCGCCUCCUCCUCGCAGCGCCGGGAGCUGCGGCAACUUCUGGCCGGGCUGGCGGGCGAUGCCCCCGCGCGCCACAACGCCGACAUUAAGGACUUCCCCGGCUUUCAGAUCGCCGUGCUCAACAAGGAGGUGAAGCCGCAGCCGUUCCGGAAUGCGUACGACAUCUCUCGGCGGGGGCUGCUGGAUCAGCUGACUCGCAUGAGGGCCAACCUUCUGCGGGCGGCCACGACGCCGCACGGAGCCCUGCGCAGCACUGACGAGGACCAGAUGCACAGUGUGCCGGUGGCCCAGAUGGGGAACUACCAGGAGUUCCUGAAGCAGCAGCCUUCGCCGCUUCGCGAGAUCGACCCCGACCAGCCCAAGAGGCUGCACACGUUCGGCAACCCCUUCAAGCUGGACAAGAAGGGCAUGAUGAUCGACGAGGCGGACGAGUUCGUCACGGGGCCGCAGAACCGCUCGAAGCGGCCGGGCGGCGGCGGCGGCGGCGACGGCGGCGGCGCGCAGAGCCCCUCGAAGCGACGGCGCAACGCCUCUCCGCUGCCGCCCCCUCGGCCGCGGCCCCUCGCGCCGCCCGCCUCGCUGGCGAACCACGUGGUGGGGGGGGUGGCGGCGGGGGGGGGACGCGGCGCCGCCUGCACGCCGACGACGCCACCGCCGCCCACCAUCCUCGCCACGCCCGCCCAGCCCAGCCAGCCGAACCUCAUCAAGCCCGUGGCCAUUCGAGGGACGGAGCUGAACAAUCAAAUCGUCGACAUCAGCUCCGACGACCUGCCCAACGCCAACUCCCAGCCAGCGGUUCCGUUGCCGCCGGCGCCUGCCAUCUCUCCCGCCGCUGCCGCCGCCACCGAAAUGGAAAACCACGUGGGUGCCGGCCUCGCCACCGACGAGGAGGACGAGGAAGACGAAGAGGGCGGCGGCGGCGAUGAGGGCCUUGCCUCCUCCGAGAACCACGCCGCAAACUCCCUGCGAGAGACGCGAGGCCGCGUGGCCGCAGCGACAGACGGCUUGGGCGGGAAGACGGAGAUCAAGGCGGCCAAAGUGCGGGAGACCAACAACGAGAUCUGGGGCAAGGUGGUGCGGGAGAUCCGCAAGCCCGGCCGAAAUUACGAGCACAUCUUCAGCCUCCUGGAGCUGGUGAGAGGGAGCACCGAUCUGCAAGUGAUGUUCAUUCAGAACGUGAUACGGGAGGCAUCCCGCUUCAAGAAGCGCGUGCUCAUCCAGCAGCUGGAAGAGGCCAUGCAGCGUGUACGGACGGGCAAGACUGACAUCCCGAAACCCACGUGCCCGUUGCCAAACCACGUCAACAGCAGGUGAUGGCAGCGCCCGAGAUGCACUGGCCCGGAACCUGGAGAAGGCGCGGCGGCGCCGCCUUCCUCCCAAACGCGGCUUUUGUUUUGUCCUCAAAAAGAUGAGUUCUUGAGAAGGAGAGAGAGAGAGCAGCUUGGAAUCGUGUGAAAUACGACCGCCCGGGAGCCGUGCCGCCAAAGUGGGCGCUUGGUCCGGACGCGCGAUGGAAAACCCGCAGCGCGGAAGGGCCGACGUGCCGAGGCAAAAUUUUGCAGGAGCGCUGAGGAGUGAGUAAAAAAAAAAUUCGAGGUUGCUGCCAACUUCCUCCCGUCAUCAUGGCACGGAGAGAAUGGUGGUGCGCAAGCGAGGAGAGCCGACGGGUUCGUCCGCCAUGCAAGGGAACGAGGCUCUGCAACCAAAGGGGGUGCAGAGGGGAGAGGUUUGUCGGCGAGCUACAGAGUGGGACAGGGAGAACUGCACAAAUGGCAGUGAAUUGACGUGGCAGCCUGUGAUCAAGAUGAUAGAUGGAAGGGCUUGAUGUGGCUGGGUGGGUCGGGGUGAAUCUUUGACCGUAUCCAUACUGCUUGGAAGAGAUGGUGGCAUCGGGGAGUCUCAGUGGAAAUCUGGUGGUGGGGCCUGCAAUUAUACGUGGAGGAGGGGAGUGGUGGGCCCCGUGUCUGUGUAAAGGACAUUGGGGGCCGGGUACAGCACUCGGUGUUGCUGUCUUGUGUGCCCUCUUAUUUAUUUCCUUUUAAAAAGAUAGAAAUGAAAUUCAAAAAUACACAAAUUUUGCACAAAUUAAAAAGUGCUGCUUUGGUCAAUCAGCCGUCACGAAUGUUAAACACUGUUUAUGUUUCUCGAUGCGUAGCCCUGCACAUUUCCUGACUGCAUCGCAGCCCACGUUUUUUCUUUUUUAAAAUAAUCUUCUCUCCAAGGUUUGUCCCUGGACAGCCACUUCCCCACCUACUUAGCUCCAGACAAAACACUGUCUCCGUUCUCCCAGUGCAACCGUCGCUGGGUUUCUCCCUCGGAACCCCCUUCAGUCGUCGAUACGUUGUGAUUUAGAAAGGUAACCAUCUGGCGAAGCAGUUCCUGUCGAUCUCCUUCCAAAAACGGACCCAGGCCUCAAUUUGAUAUUCCCCAACCAUUGCUCAACUGCUGAUCCAGCCAGUGACAUCAAAUAGGUUCAGCUGUUUUUGAUUUGAGUAUGGAAUUAUUUUUUUUCGGACACACGCUCAAAUUUUUUACAGAUUAUUUUCUUUUUUCUGGCCAUAAUUUUUGUUUGUGCCUGAGCCAUAUUUUUUUUGGCUGUAAUGUACUCAUGAGAGGUGGUUUUGGUAAGUUGUGUAAUGUAAACAAUAUUAUAUAUAUAAAAAUUUGAAAUGUAAAAUGUAUUGUGAGUGAAUAUUGUUUUUCUGCCUCUUACUGCGAUUGUGAGAGAUGUUGUGGUAUGUACAGUUGAAAGCCGUUUCUGAACAUUUGUACAUUAUUUUUUAAGGAAAACUUGAUAUUUUUGAGAGAAAAUUUGUUAUUUGUAAGCACUUGUACUUUGCAUUUGCUUUGUAAAAAAAAAAACUUUUAUAUGAUUCAAUAAAUAUUGAUACUUGAUUGUC